AUGGCUAGUAUAAAACAGACAGAUAUACUGAAAGCCGAGGCGACUGACGCGUUAAAAGGUCAAGGAGUGACUAGUGUUGUAGGCUUGCCCGAUUCAAAAAUGGAACCGUGUCAUAAAAUAAAUAAUGGUGGUAAUGUGAUGCCAGAUGAGAAUGACAGAAACUCUGUCGUCAGCUCAAAUAAGUCUGCAGACCCUGCUCGAAAGAAGAUGUUCAAAAUUACCAGCGUUAAGAAAGGCGGUAAUGGUGACAUAGGAGUGGACAAUGAUGCGGACAGUAUUGACGGAUUAGAUGAAAGUCAGACGGAAGAUUUCAGCUCAGAGAUCUAUGAUUGUUCAAAGGCUACUGACUUGGACAUGGAUAUUCAGGAUUAUAUUAAUAUGCCUCUCACGCCUGAUGAGGUGACCAGUACUACUACAAUUAUGGUGAAACAGAAACCUGAUCACAAUUCACAGUCUCGUUUCAAAGUUGUAAAAAUAGAAACCAAAGAACCAUUCAGACGAGGGAAAUGGGUUUGUUAUGAUUUCUAUGACACUGCUCCAGGGACUGUGGUAACGUUAGAGAAAAAUGGCUCAAGUAUAGCAGAAGACAGUAUUAUACAUUCAGCCCUGUCAGACCACCAUAGUUUUGCAGGAUCUGUGCACUAUGUACAUGAUGUUAAUGAUUCUUCCAGUAAUAUAUUUAUCCCGCCAGUUGUUCCUCUGAGUCCUGCCAGAGAUGAUGGUCACCCUAUCCACUCAGAUGUCUUUGUCCCAAUCCAGCCUGCCCCUGCUAGUCAAGUAUUAAACCAACUAGAUGGAUUGACAUCAGAUGUCAUGGCACCAUUUAUUGCUCAGCAGGUUAUGAUGUCUGUGGCCGGUGUGCCGUCAUCUAGCAGUUCCUUCCACAACCUGGCACAACCAGGACACACAACAAUCAUUCAGAGUCUGCCUCAUACAAAUGUGUUUCCUUUUGGCCAGACCGUGCCCCCAGUUGGCAUGUUUCAGAAUGGUAUCCCCUCAGGACAGGUCUCUGAAGCUUUGAAUAUACCAACAGAAAAUAUACUUGCUAUUGUCGGCACCGGAACUCCAGCCAUGUUGGCCACUGCUGCACCUGUAGCAGGUAAUAGUAAUUUAGCUCACAGUCAGGCUUUUCCAGUCGUGAGUGGUUUGCCGGUCCCACAUUCUCUGAGCCAGACACAGCUUGGAGGUGAUUCAGUUGUCCCUGUGGGAAUUCCGACAACAGCCGAGGCAGGUCUGAGCCCUGCAGCAGGCGUAGUUCAUGUUGCUCACAACAGAACCGAAGCAGCUGCUGUUGGUCUUGAUGUUGAUCAGACAGGUCCAAAUAUGAGUGAGAGCACAGAAAGUAUAAAAACAUUGCAAGGGGAUGUAGACGCUCAUCCUACAGAAAGUUUGAAGGAAGCUGUGGAUACUGUGGGAGAAAUGUGCAUAGGACUAGAAGGAAAUGAGGAUGAUGCAGAUGAAAGUGGAGGAAGCUCAGUGGCGAUUGAUAACAAGAUUGAGCAGGCAAUGGACUUGGUAAAGCGACACUUGAUGUAUGCAGUUCGAGAAGAAGUAGAAAUCCUCAAACAACAGAUCGGGGAGAUGAUGGAGAGGAUCGGACAGCUGGAGUACGAAAAUACAAUUCUGAGAUCGGAGGCCAAACCAGAAACCCUCAACAAGUUACAGCAACCAAGAGCAUGCCAGAACUCACAGACAGUAUUACCAGGUCAGAAUUCUUCCAUCAUGAGCGGGCCAAACCCUCAGCAGACAACGCCGCAGCCCCCUUCACAGAGCCAGGCCUCACAGGCGCCAGCACAACCAGUAUCACAACAACAGGCAUCUCAGUCACCUCUCUUUCAGGCUGGCCAGUCACCCUUAUGA